UUUCUUCAUCAGAGGAUAGUGGCAUUCGCGAGAUUCCAUUUCUCCGAGUGUCUGUGCCUCGCUCUGAAAAGUGGCGGAGGUAUCUCGGCUGAUUUCGGCCUGAGACUAUCGCUAGGUACCAAUCACCGUUGUGGCGCGAGUUGUCGCCUGCAGCCGACCGAUUCACCUCAAUGAUGGCGUAGUGGAAAGACAAAAUGACGGGCUUUAGCAAAUUCCAGGUUCGACUCUUCAGAGAUUCCUUCAACACUCCGUGGGGCUUUCGGCUUCAGGGUGGGAAGGACCUGAAUCAAGCCCUGAUCGUGCAAAGGGUGUUCUCCAACAGCCCUGCGGAAGGUGUGCUCCAGAGAGGUGACGUCAUUGUUUCAAUCGGCAACAGGAACGGCGACGAGUUGACACACAAGCAAGCAAAGGACCUCAUAGAGGGAGGCGGAGGACAGAUCAACCUCGUCGUUACCAGAACGGGUAGUCAAUCCACCCAACCUCCUCCAGGGCGACACGACACACAGGCAUCGACAUUUCGUACCCCAGCUCCUGUCGCACCACGAACCAAUCCGCCCAAAGCAAUGCCUUCCUAUGGCGGCGGCGGUGGCUCAUCGGCCGGACACAAACCCAAGAAGGUUAACUUGAGCAACUUGGGUGGUGGCGGUCCGGACUUUGGUUCCGACUUCUCGCGUCCACACCUCCAGGCUCCUCAACAAUCUUCUAGGCCAUCGUACCGUCCAGCUGGAGGUCAAGGUCAAAUGCUGAACAAGGUCCAGGAGAGUCUAGACAGCAUCAUCUACUCCCCGCGCUCCCCCGACCCUUAUCAACCUGCUCCUUUCUAUGGCCAGCAGCAGCAGCAGCAACAACAACAACAACAACAAUCUUAUCAGCAACCUACUCACCAACAACAGACUUACCAGCAGCCUGCCCCGCCACCACCCUUCCUGCCCAAUAUGUCAAUGGGAGGUCCCGUCUCCCCAGGGGGAGGCUACCGACCAACAUUCGAGCAGAUCGACAGUGGACAAUAUGCGGAGGAGGAAGAGAAUUUUGUUCCUGUGUGGGAGAGAAGGAAAAAUUUCCAGGACCAGAGGCCGUCAGUUACUACAUCGGUGAGGGCAACUCCAAUACCAAAAGUACCAAGACCCGCGGGGAAAUCACCGGAUGCGCCUUCCUUUGGGAUAGACUACUCCGCACCAGUCUCUCGGUCUGCCAGCCUCAAGUGGACGCCUCAGCAGGCACCCCCAAGGCAGCAUCAGCAGCCCGUACAGUCAGAGCCACCACGCUAUCAGAACGAGCCCGAGGUCCGAGCUCCUUGGAGAGAGAGUCUACGAACGACCGGAGUAAAGCCUUGGGAUGUAGACUUGGACUACACCAGCCAGCAGCCUACCCCAAGGUCUGGAGCUUUUCAUCCCCUGUGCGAUCCUCAGGCGGCCACUCAGUUCAACCCCAACCCUGCUGCCCCAACUCUGGAGGAGCAGGGUGAGGGGGAGAAUGUCAAUGGCCCAAAGGUUGUCCAUCUGCAAUAUAACUCCCCUAUGGGCCUGUAUUCAAAGGAAAAUGUACAGGAAACAAAAGAUGGUCAGACAAAAGCGACGCUCGCCCAGCCACAGGCUCCUGCCUCAGCACCUUCUCAAGCUAAACAAGCCAAGGAAGGGGAUCGGGACUGGAACCAGUCGGCUGUGUUUAGGAUGAUCCAACAAGAAGAGCGCCGGCCAGGUCAAGGUCCACCUAGGGGUGCCCCAGCCCCAGCCCCUGCCAGGGGUGCUCCUGUACCACCCCCGGCCCCCAAACCAGCCCCUCAGUUCCAAGCAUCUGCCAAAUUCAGCGCACCUCCCCAAUUCAAUGCACCGAGUUUUGAAGACGAGUUGGGGGUGUCUGAUUUCUAAGUUUGCAGAUAACGAUCGGGGGGCAAGAACGUUGGAAGAAGUUUGCUGUACAUGUUCCAAACACUUACUAAUGGCGGGCAUACCUAAGCCAGGCAGACCCAUUUUGGCUUUGUGAUGGUAGAGUCAUUUUGUUCUCAGUCAUAUGUACUACUAGCUACUACUACACAGCCGGUCAUUGAAGUAGAAGGUGUAGAAUACGAUUAUACAAUGUUUGGUGUUCCUUUUUUUGUUUAAUUUAUUCACUACGGGCCGAGGACACAAGUGCAAUAUGAGGUUUUAUGCCCUUUAUUUAUUAGUCCCCUUGGCAAGGUAGACCUUUUUGUACAUUAUACCACAGGUGAGUUGAUCGCCAUGCUAAUGAUACCACAAUGUGUUCCAAUUGUACAAAGUAUAAAUGAAGCCAGAUGGUAACAAUAUAUCGCGUCGGAUGAAGGCGCUUAACAUCAAACUCAAGGUCAAGGUCAGCAACAUUGAUUAAAGCGCUGGCAGAAUCAACGGCAUUCCAUGGUUGGAACGACUAAGCUUUAUGUGUUUUAUUAACAUUUUCGCAGCUAUAACACAGAUCGAACAUGUACCAUGCCAAUUAUAUGCCAUUCGUCAUUCAGGCUGGCUUCAACUACUAACCUCAACGGUCGUUUUGAUGAAACCAUGUGGUUUAUCUUAGAACCUGGUCUGAGUUUUCGAUAUUUUUGGAGUGUUGUUGUGUAGUCCUAUAGGUGAUCAAAACCAUGCUGGUGCCUUGUUUGGUGAUUUGUUAUAUAUUGUGUGAAGACUAUGUAAUAUUACUCAUGUAUUUAUCAUAAGAGGUUGCAGGACAGGAUACUCUGGAAUAUAUUGUAUUAACAAAAUGUUGUAGUAAGUUCCACCGCUCGCUAAGUCUCUACCGUCCUUCAAGGAAUAAACUGUGAUCCAUUGGA